AUGGAAACUGUAGCAUUACAAUCUAAUGACAGCUUAUUGAGUUGCAACAGUGAUGAUCCUACAUAUGAGCCGUCUCAAGAAAUAGAAGAUGUGCCACAGUGUAACAUAAAUUUGAGGCCAAGAAAUAAUAGACGUUUUGAAGCUAACCUUGUUGAAUUGUCAUUACCUCAGACAUAUGAUGAAGCCAUACAAAGUCCACAGAAAAAUGAAUGGUCUCAAGCCAUUAGGGAAGAAUUAUCUGCACAUGAAGAGAACUACACAUGGAGUGCGGUAACAAGAGCUGGUCAGCGGACCCUUACUACCAAGUGGGUCUUCGCAAUCAAGAAGAAUGAAGAUAAUCAGACACGGUACAAGGCUCGUCUGUGUGCACGAGGGUUUACUCAGAUUAAAGAUGUGGACUACCAAGAAAUAUUUUCUCCAACUACUAGGUAUGACUCUAUAAGAAUUAUUCUUUCUAUUGCAGCAAAGUAUAAGUUAGAAAUUCAACAGUUUCAUGUAAAGACUGCUUUUCUUAAUGGGUAUCUUGAGGAAAAUAUUUUUAUAGAAGUGCCUGAGGGUGUAAUUUUAGAUAAAAGUUAUGUGUUAAAAUUAAAUAAAUCUUUGUAUGGGUUGAAACAGGCCUCUCGUUGUUGGAACAAAAGGUUCACUGAGUUUUUAAUGAAAUAUGGUUUUGUACAAUCUCAGGCUGGUAAUUGUAUUUUUAUAGGGGUUUUCAAUAAGAUUAAAGUAAUUUUAAUUAUUUAUGUUGAUGAUGCCCUUAUAAUAUCUUCUAGUAAACAACUGAUCCACGAAAUUAUAGAAUAUUUGAAACAAGCUUUUAAAAUAAAAGUGAUGCCAUUGAGAUAUUUUGUUGGUAUGGAAAUUGAGAGAAUAAAUAAUUGUAUCCAUAUUCACCAAAGAGAUUAUAUAGAACAAAUUAUUGAGAGAUUUUGUAUGACAAAUGCAACUCCAACUAGUACUCCAGCAGAUGUCAAUGUAAUUAUGACAAAGAAUGAGGAUGAAAACAUUAUUAAUUUUCCAUAUAGGGAACUUAUUGGUUCUUUAUUAUUUUUGUGUUCUGUUUCUAGACCUGACAUAUCAUUUGCUGUGAAUGUAUUAAGCAGAUAUGUAAACAAUCCUAGUCAGCAACAUGUAAAUGCUGUCAAACGUAUAGUUAGAUACUUAAUUAAUACUAAAGAUUUGUGUAUAAAGUAUGGAGAAAGUGAUGGCUUAAUAGGUUACUCUGAUUCUGAUUAUGCAAGUGAUGUCGAUACACGUAAGUCAACAACAGGCUAUAUUUUUAUGAUGAACGGUGGACCAAUUACUUGGUCCAGCCAAAAACAAAAGACCAUUGCUCUCUCCACUACUGAGGCAGAAUUUGUAGCUGCAUGUGAAGCAGCAAAAGAAAUCAUAUGGCUGCUGCAAUUAAUGUUAGAUUUAGGUGAAAAUUGUAAAUGUGUAACUAUGUUUAUUGAUAAUCAAAGUGCGAUAAAACUAAUAAAUAAUCCUGUUUAUCAUAAAAGAACGAAGCACAUAGAAAGUUAA